GGUGGACGCUCCUCUGGCAUCAGUGGCAGACCAAUUAAUUGUAAUAAUGGAUGGUGGAAGAACCACUCUGAAUCCAUCAUUGGAUCGCCCACACAAUACUCGUUGACUGCGGUGGACCUGCACAUUAGCAAGUGACGUACCCCUCCAUUGCUGAUCAGGAAACGCAUCUAGAUUUCCUACCCGCCCACGGACCUCCCACCCAUCAGACGAGUCCCACGCGACCCCGCGGCUGGAACGAACAACGAAGCAGGUACGUGAGCGGGUAGAAAUGUAAAUACGUCAGCGACAGUUCUGAUCUCAGCCGUUCGAUGAAUGCGAACCUCCGCGUCGACGGGGGUGCAGAUAUCGUCUUCCCUCUUCUUCGUUGCAACUACGCAGUGCAAGGAAGACCCUCCCGUUGGGAUCCUCUCCAAGCAGUCAACGGAUCUUUUUACGAUGCCGCAACUAUUCACGGUCGAGAUGUGGUUAACAGAGCCUGUCGUACAUGUAGAAUCGGAGAGGAUCCACGCCCCAUCAAGCUCUCGUCCGGGGUGCGGAUUUUUCGCACUUGCGACCAAAAUCUUCCCGAGGAUCCUUUUUUUCUUUCCCUUCGCCUGCGUCCUCGGCGCCCCAUCCGAAGCGGGCGAUUAAAGAUCUCGAUUCGGUAGAGUCUCCGGUUACCAAAACGCCACCGACUUUGAUCGCUAUCUCAACCACAUCGUCUUCGUGUUAUCUUCUUAUCUCAUCUUCCUGCAUCUCUGUCUGACAAUAAGUUGGCAUCCAUUUGCUGAGUUCGUGCUCUGCAACCCGAAGAGAAGAUUGGUUCUUGAUUACUUUUCCUUUUUCUUGUAGUGCAGGAUAAUGUGGAAGAUCGACAGCCUUGCAUAGGGUUUAUGGGUUCUGUUCUUUGCUGUUUGGGCGUGGAUGAUUCGGAAGCGGAAGAGCAUCACCGGGGGCCUGUUUGCGAUCUCAGAUGCUUGAUUCUGCGCAGCCUGAAUGUUUAUGAUCUUAAUCCUCGUCGAGAACGACGCAUUCAACCUUCAUCUGAUCAGGAGUCAACUCCCGCAUCUCCUGCUUCACCGGAAGACGAUUCUGCAGCGGGUGCACAUUGUUCUCCCGAUGAUCCUACAUGCUGCGCGUCCAACAAGGCUUCAGGGCACCUCCAUGGCAGGCGAGCCUCAUCCGAACUGAACUGUGAUGGAAUAUUCAAUCACUCAGCACCGGCACACAUUUACGCUAUCUCCGAAGACGAAGAUGUUUGUCCAAUUUGUCUUGAAGAGUACAGAGAUGAAAAUUCUCGGACUACGCUGCAAUGCACUCAUCAUUUCCACAUGAGUUGUAUGUAUGAGUGGAUGGAAAGAAGUGAAACAUGCCCAGUCUGUGGCAGGGUGAGUUCCUUUCUUAUGUUGGUUUCUUUCUUCCAUCAAAACAUCAGCUUCCAACUUCUGUUGCCUUACAGAUGAUGCUUUUUGUUGAGGACACAUGAGCUUGCUGUUCAAAGAAGUCGGCUGGCUACUAUUCACAGGGAGAACAGGAAGUUACAUGGGAAGUACAUCACCAUCCUCAUCAUCACAAUUGUCUUUGUUAUCAUCUUUCAGAGAACAUAGUUAUCUAUGUCAGAUAUGAAGCUU